AUGGUGUCAAAAACUCAAGUUUCACUUGUGUUUCUUCUCGCGCUCAGCCUGCUUUGCUUCAGCAUAACGACUGGUGCCACAACUUGCCCUAGUGGCGCCUACUCAAAGAUCAAAUUAUGUGCUGAUUUUCUUGGCAUUAUUACACCAAGUGUUCAAUGCUGUGCAAUUCUCGACCCUCUUGCUGAUGCUAAUGCUGCUGCUUGCAUUUGCGCUGGUAUUAAAGAUAAAAUCUUGCGCUUGCCGGUGCCCGUCAAUCUUAAUGUUGCUGUUGAUUUGUUGCUUCAUACCUGUGGCAAGGCUCUUCCUGCUGGAUACGUUUGCGCUGCCGUAAAUAAAUUUACAAGUUGA